UCCAAUAUAGUUUGGCACGCGAAUACGCGAUUGCUCCGCGCGCUUACCUAACACAAGUCCUCCCGUACGUGGCCGUGGAUAUACAAACACCGGACACCAUGAUCGAUCGGCCUUUGCUAUUGUAGUAGCUAGCUACCAGUCCAACCAACACCAACAACUGCGCGAGUGAGCGCGCGGCUAUUGCGUGCCACGGCGUGCCGUUGAGCGAUGGCUGGAGGUGGGUUCCCCGUGGCCGGCGGCGCCCCGCCGGGCGACUAUGGCGGCGGCAUAACCUUCUCCGUCGUCGUCACCUGCCUCAUGGCCGCCUCCGGCGGCCUCAUCUUCGGCUACGACAUCGGCAUCUCCGGGGGAGUGACGGCGAUGGAGUCGUUCCUGGCGGCCUUCUUCCCGGGGGUGCUCCGGCGGAUGGCGGCGGCGCGGCGGGACGAGUACUGCGUCUACGACAGCCACGUGCUGACGGCGUUCACGUCGUCGCUGUACCUGGCCGGGCUGGCCGCGUCGCUGGCGGCCGGCCGCGUCACCAGGGCGGUCGGGAGGCAGGCCGUCAUGCUCGCGGGCGGGGCGCUCUUCUUCGCCGGCGCCGCCGUCAACGCCGCCGCGGUCAACAUCGCCAUGCUCAUCGUCGGCCGCAUGCUGCUCGGCUUCGGCAUUGGCUUCACCAACCAGGCGGCGCCGGUGUACCUGGCGGAGACGGCGCCGGCGAAGUGGCGGGGUGCAUUCACGACGGGGUUCCAGCUCUUCCUCGGCAUCGGCAACCUGACGGCCAACCUGACAAACUACGGCGCGGCGCGCAUCCCGCGGUGGGGGUGGCGUCUCUCCCUCGGCCUGGCGGCGGCGCCGGCGUCCGUCAUCCUCGUCGGCACGCUGCUCAUCUCGGACACCCCCAGCAGCCUCCUCGUGCGCGGGCGGGUGGAGCAGGCGCGCGCCGCGCUCCGGCGCGUGCGCGGCGCCAAGGCGGACGUGGACGCCGAGCUGGAGGGCGUGGCGCGCGCGGUCGAGGCGGCGCGCGCCAACGAGGAGGGCGCGUACCGCAGGAUCCUCUGGAGGCAGCACCGCCCCCACCUGGUGAUGGCCGUCGCCGUGCCGCUGCUCCAGCAGCUCACCGGCGUCAUCGUCAUCGCCUUCUUCUCGCCGGUGCUCUUCCAGACGGCCGGGUUCGGCAGCAACGCGUCGCUGAUGGGGGCCGUCAUCCUCGGCGCCGUCAACCUCGGCUCCACCCUCGUCUCCAUCGCCACGGUGGACCGGUACGGCCGCCGGGUGCUGUUCCUGACCGGCGGCCUCGUGAUGAUCGCCUGCCAGGUCGCGGUGGCGUGGAUCAUGGGGUCGCAGAUCGGGCGGGACGGCGAGUCGGCGAUGGCGAGGCGCUACUCCGUGGCGGUGUUGGCGCUGACGUGCGUCUUCUCGGCGGCGUUCGGGUGGUCGUGGGGCCCGCUGACGUGGGUGAUCCCCGGCGAGAUAUUCCCGGUGGAGAUCCGGUCGGCGGGGCAGGGGAUCAGCGUGGCCGUCAACCUCGGCGCCACCUUCGUGCUCACGCAGACGUUCCUCGCCAUGCUGUGCAGCUUCAAGUACGCCACGUUCCUCUACUACGCGGCCUGGGUCGCCGUCAUGACCGCCUUCGUGUGGGCGUUCCUGCCGGAGACCAAGGGGGUGCCGCUCGAGGCCAUGGGCGCCGUCUGGGCGCGGCACUGGUACUGGCGGCGCUUCGUGCAGCCGCCACCGGCGGCCAAGGACGCCAUGCUGCCGGAGGUCCUCGUGAACUGACAACGUAUACUGUACGUGUUCUCUGCCUUGACCGUGUGGCGGCGCUGCAUUAAUUCGUGGGAAGUUGUGUAAAAUUAAAUCUGGUUUCUGGUUUAACGGUUCCUACAUGGUUGAAUACCAUCCCGUGUUUGUCCUCUUGCGAAAAAUUUGUAUUGUUUACAUAUGAACAAAUCCAAAGUCCGUGUUCUAUUUUAGUUUCUUACCAAGAUUGCAAGACUUGUCGA